CGGGCCCUCGGACCGCGUUAUACCGACCAUUAUUUCAAUCAUUAUAGUGUAUUAAUUGAUAAGGAGAGUUUCCCCUUUCUCUGUACAACAAAAAGUGGUGGUGGCAGUGAAGGGUUAGUUGUAAUUAACCCGACCCAGUAACAAGCGCAUUCAGGCUGCCGGUGCGUCGAU